UAAUAAAAGGACAAUGACACUUAAGUCUCUGGGUCUUGGGACUUUGAAAUAUACAUCUUACACAUUGAAAUAAAUAUGAGUCCAGCCUCAAAGUGGGGAGUCUUCCCUAUUUCGCAAAUUUUAAGAGUCUCUAACUUGAAAUCCUGACUAGGACCCACUGUUUAUGAAUGCUUUAUUUUCUAUAGCUACCAAAAAAAAAAAAAAUCCAUCAGUCUUAGAGAAAUCAAACGUCUCUUACAAUAAGAUUAUCUCUCUGGCCAAACUCAGUGAAGACUACUUGCUUUUUAUUUGGUUUUGUUCAACUAGCAUGGAUCCUGAUGGCUCUGAACAAGAUUCUGAAGUGAAGGAAUAUUCUCCUGUCUAUGUUGGCAGAGAAGAUGACAUUAAAAAAUCUGAAAGAAUGACAGCUGUAGUCCAUGAUAGAGAAGUGGUCAUUUUCUACCACAAAGGAGAAUAUCAUGCUAUGGAUAUUCGCUGUUACCACUCAGGAGGACCUUUACAUUUGGGAGAAAUAGAGGAGUUUGAUGGACGACCAUGCAUAGUUUGCCCCUGGCAUAAAUACAAAAUUACUUUGUCAACAGGAGAAGGACUGUAUCAGUCUAUAAACCCUAGAGAUCCAUCAGCAAAACCUGAGUGGUGCUCCAAAGGAGUAAAGCAAAGGAUUCAUACAGUGACAGUGGACAAUGGGAAUAUUUAUGUGACUCUUUCUAAAGAACCUUUUAAGUGUGACUCUGAUUUUUAUGCCACUGGAGACUUCAAAGUAAUUCCGAGUUCUUUCUGAUAAAGUUAUAUGGCAAUGAAAAAUGUUGUGUUUGGAAAAUAUUUUUAGAAUAACUUUGUUUCAAUAACAAAGAGGACUAAUUUUCCCAACACAGGCACAUUUAUUACUUUAAAAAAAUCGCAUAAAUCUGAGCAGUUCAAAAUGAUGAAAGGAUUAUUGUCAAGAUCUAUAGAAUACAUUUCAUCCAAUCCUCUGGAUUGAUUGGAACCUGAAGGUUAUAGGUUUGGAAUGUGCAUUUUAAGAGUGAGAAUGAUUUGCAGUAACCACAAUGAAGAAAAGGUAAAAAUAAGGUCUAAUAAGAAAUAGGGGGGGGGGGAUCCUUAUUUUGAUGUAGUAGACUUUAUCAUGGAAAAAUUUUAAUAUAUACAAACCGAACAAAAUAGUAUACCAAGCUCUCAUCACCCAGCUUCAAUAAUUACCAGUGCUCUUCCAUUCUUAUUUCACUGAUACCUCCACACACUCUCCAUCUCCCCUAUCUGAUGAUUAUUCUUACUUUUUUUAAAAGUAAAAUUUAAAUACAUUGAAAUAAUUAAGUCUCAAUGAUUCAAUAUUUCCAAAUAUCUAGCAGACUUUUUAUACUUUAAAAGUGCCCUCCUUAAUCCCCAUGUACUGCAAAUUGAAACCAAAUAAAUCUUGGCUCAGUUUCUCUCUGGUCAAGGCAGACACUGUCAAAGGAAGGAAGAUACACACAGCUGCUGCCCAGACGUGAGGGAUGUGAAGUCUCUUAUUCAGUGAGCCAAAGUACUGUGAAUGCCUAGAUGCCAUUUUCAAAUAAAGGUGUUCUUUCUUUUUCAA